UCUUGAUCUUGCUCCGUCUGUCUGUUGAAUAAUUUAUUAUCUCAUUUCUCUUCUUCACCUUCCCAAAAGGAAAAAAAAGGGAAAUUUCAGGAGAGAAAUACUUGCUUGCUCUGCCGUCGGCGAGAUCUGUUUCUCCCUUAAAAUUUUAGAGUGAAACUGAGGAAAAAUCCAUGUUCCGAGAAUGCAAUUUUGGAGCUGCGUUCCUGGAUAUAAGACUUCACAAAACAUUUGUUAUGUGUGCAAGAAAGUGGAGCCACAGCAAUGAUUUGUACUUGGAAUCUGAGAAUGUAGCGAAGAAGGCGCGUCUUCCAUCUUUCUUAUCUUGCAUUGAAGAUAACGUUCACAAAUAUGAGGAGGACUUCCGGUACUCUCUUUGCAAUAUAUCAGCAUUUGAUGGCAGUGGCCUAGGUCGUGUUCCCUAUGAAGUGUUUUCUGAGUUUUUGAAACAGAUCAAAUCAUUUAAGCAAGAAAUCAUCCAAGUUUACUUUACUUUGCCAAGCAGCAGAUCAUUGGAAUCAAAUUCUUGCAUGCCAGUUGAUGAACUAAUGGAAUUUAUAGACCUCAUUCUAGAAAAUUUAGCGGAUUUAACAACUGUCUAUUUGGGUAUUAUUGAUGAUAUGGAUCCCCAAGUUAGUGCUCAAUUCCAAGCCCUUGAAGCAAAGCUAACAUUCUUGAAAAACUUCAUUCCCUUUGCCAAAUUGCGAGGAACUGCAGAUAUUCCUGCCUUGCUAUUGGCUCACUUUGAAGUGGUGACUUUGAACGCAGCACACCUCUUUUACAUGUGCUCUGUUUGGGAUGGUAAGGAGCGGCACAAUCCUGAGUUCUGCUCCAUGAUAUAUGAGCAACAACAGAAAAUCACACCUAUUGAUUUUCAAGUCUAUGAGAUUUAUAUGGAAGUUCUUAGAGCUUCAAGAUCCUCAAAAUCAUUGCAUAAUAGAAUGAUGGAUAAGCAGAUAUUGAACAACUUCAAUGAUUCUCUCAUAAGUUGUCUCUGGGAGCUGUUAUGCUGCAGCUCUAGCUUUAUGGAUUCUUUGAAAGAUGAAAUGCAAAUACUCUAUGCAGGACUGAGGUUCUUGAGAAGCAUUUUAAGGGAGCAGCAGGAGAAGAUGGAUGAACAAAACGAAAAAAUUGGUACUCUUCUUUGUGAGGCAGGCCUUAUAAUUUGCUUGCCUUCUCUAAACAGAGUGAAGGAAGGACAAGUUAGCUUCUCAGAAUCCACAGAGGCCCUUAACUGUUAUGAUAUGCUGGCUAAUACCAACAUCCAUAUCAAGCAUUUUAAGGAUCAGAUCAGUGGCUCAAGCAUUAUUGAAAGUCUUCCUUCCUUUCACAGCUUAAGAGCACCAGAAAUUAGCAAGACUUCCAGCCACAUUCUAUCAAAAGGUAAAAUGCCAAUAGCCCAUGAAGUCAUGGUUGGUCUUGAUGACGAGGCAGCAAAAGUAAUUGAACGACUUAUAUGGGGACCAGAACAGGUGGAAAUUGUUCCCAUUGUGGGAAUGGCUGGGCUUGGUAAGACGACUUUAGCCAAAAAAGUUUACAAUGAUAGUUCAGUAAUCUGUAACUUCCACAUUCGUCUUUGGUGCACUGUUUCUCAAGAAUUUAACAUGAAAAGCUUGUUAAUACAAAUUUUGUGUUCUGAUGGAAAACGGUUAAGGAUGGUCAAAGAGCUUAAAAACUUGAAUGAACAUGAAUUGCUUCACGAGCUCUAUCAAAGGCUGAAGACGAAGAGGUAUCUUGUUGUUUUUGAUGAUGUCUGGGACAUUAAGGUAUGGAAUGAGCUGAGAAUUUCAUUCCCCGAUGAAAAGAAAGGAAGUAGAAUCAUCUUCACGAGUCGAUCUUCUAAUGUGGCUUCACAGGUUGAAUAUGGGGGGAAACCUCACAAUCUUCGUCCACUCAGUGAGAAAGAAAGUUUUGAAUUACUGCUGAAGAAGGUAUUUGGAAAAGAAGAUUGUCCUCAAGCAUUGUGUGGAAUUGCUAUGAAGAUUGCCAAGAAGUGCAGGGGAUUGCCACUAGUAGUUGUUGUUGUUGCUGGAGUUCUAGCAACUAUAGGGCAUGAUAUUUUGGUUUGGGAAGAAUUCGCUGAAAGUUUAACUUCAACCAUGGUGUCUGGUACAGACCAGUGCAAGAAGCCAUUGGAGCUCAGUUAUGAGCAUUUACCGUAUCACUUGAAGGCAUGCUUGCUGUAUUUUGCUGCCUUUCGAGAAGAUGAAAAAAUUGGUGCCAAGAAUUUGAUGCGUCUAUGGAUUGCAGAAGGGUUUGUGGAAAAAAUUCAAGGAAAAAGAUCGGAGGUCAUUGCGGAAGAAUAUCUGAUGGACCUAAUUGGUCGAAACUUAGUUAUGGUAAGUAAAAGCAGAUCCAUUGGUGGAGUCAAAACUUGUUACAUUCACGAUUUGAUAUUUGAGUUCUGUAAGGGCGAGGCUGCUUCAGGUCCUGCGAGGAUAUGAUGAGCUCUCUACCUUUAAUGAGCCUCCCAACCUACCUCGGUUGUCUAUUUGCUCCAGUGGAGAAGAUUUUAUAAGGUCAAAGCUAUUUUGUCCAUAUUUAGGUACUCUGCUAUUCUUUGAUGCUACUCCAGGAGAUAGGUUUGAGUUGCGUAACAUCUCAUUCCUUUUUUGCAUCUACAAACAUCUUAAAGUUUUGAAUUUAGCGGGCAUUAUGCUAAGGCUGAAGGAGCUUCCAGCUGAAGUUGAAUCACUUCUUUGUUUAAGGUACUUAGCCCUUAGAGCUUGGAAAAUGGAAUUCAUUCCACCAUGUAUAGCCAAGCUCUCACAUUUGGAAACCUUUUGUCUAUAUUCUCACCAGAUAGUUUCAUUGCCAGAUAGCAUCUGGAACAUGAAGAAGUUGAGGCAUGUACAUGUAAGACACCUUGUUGUUAUUCGUCUGUCUUCCAACGACGACGCUGUUGAAAACCUCUCUACUUUACCCAAUUUAGACACACUCUCUACUCUGCGUCUUUAUCUUGAUAAAGAAGGAGAGAAACUGUUGAGAAGGAUUCCCAACGUUCGCCGACUUAAAAUUUUCCAUUUGGGGGAUCAAAACAGAGUAUGCUGCAACAUGAGUCGACUAGAAUGCCUAGAGUCACUCAACUUAGGGGGCUACAGCUUCUUAGGUUCACAGGAACAUGUUGAGCUUUCUUUUCCCAUGAAUUUGAAAGAGUU